AUGGAAACUGAAUUCGAAUCGAACGGUUGGUGUUUUGUUCUUCUACCAAAUGAACUCAUUUUGAAUUCAAAUUUAACCAAAAAACUGUUAAAGUUUUUUGAAUUUUACGAUGCUAAGAGUGUAUUUUCGCAACGGCAGCAAAUUUAUGGCUACUCAAAAGUGAAUCAUAAAGAAGGUAUCAAACUCUUGACUGGAAGCUAUUUUGGUCAAUUUGCAAGUAAAGCAUUAGUACCAAUAACACUUGUAGAACCAUUAAAUUAUCUUUCACAAGUAUUCGAUGCUGUAACAAAGCGUUUGAUUGAACUUCUUGAUCAGAAUUCAGUAUUUCAACAGGAACCAUCUUUAUUAUCUCUCAUUGGACGUGCUGAUCUUCCUUUACAAGAUGAACAUUUUGGUAUGCUUGAUAUUGUAAACUAUUUCAAUGUAAAAAGUGGUUUUCAACCACCUAAAGAUGGACAAACAACUGAAGAAGUUAAUUGCGUUCCACAUUAUGAUCCAGGUCUACUUUCAAUUAGUAUUCUAUCGACACAUGAAGGACUUCAGUUGAAAAAUCUGAUCAGUAACGAAUGGGUAGAUGGGCCUUUGGAAACGAAUAUGGGUGUUAUAUGGUUAGGAGAAGCAGCAUCUAGAAUAACAGAAAAUCGUCUUAAACCAGGUAUUCAUCGAGUUAUUUAUCCUCAAGUAUCAAAAUCUCGACUUACAAUAUGGUAUGAAUUAUGUACAAUUGAACAAUUAAAAAAUAUAAGUGCUGAGAACAAAAAUGAAGUAAUGAAUAACGGAACUGUUACAUUUAAAAAUCUUCCUUGGUUACCUCCAAUGACUGUUUCGUCUGGUGAGACAAAACUUGAUUUUUUGAAACGAGUUGAAAUAGCAGCUGGUUUAUCAAUGAGUAAAACAGGUCCGCCGACUUAUCAACUUGAAAAACAUGUCAUUACAUAUCCAAUCACUGGAUGGAAAGAUCGAUUUAAGAAUAUGCUGAUGUAUGCAAUAAAUGUUUUCGCGAAUGUUCAACAGAAGAACUAA